AUGGAUUCCGACCAGCGGCGGAAGUGGAAGAGAGUCAACAACAGCGGCGGGAAAAUUGCUUUGAAGCUCAUCCUCUCUUUCAGGUCACUCACUCUCGGCAUAACUUCGUUUCUCUUCAUUCUCUUCUACUUCUACGGCUCAGAUCGCUCUCCAUUCCGGCCGGUCCUCCGGGCCUCCGGCUUCACCCGGGUCUUCCCCAACCUGCUCACCGACGACUACUUCCGCGGCGGCGGCAAGUUCCUUCCUUUGGUUAUCGAGAGCCGGGUUCUGCUGCCCGACCAUCUGCUGCUCGUCCUGUCCAACAGAGUCCAAAGAGGGGAGAGCUUCGAAUGCGUCUACUACCCCCAGCUCGGCGACGCCGCCGACGUGCUCGACGAGAUGCUCGUGAAGCUGGCUAUUUCGGCGGACGAUUACCAGGAGAGCAAGUCGAUUGUGAGGUGCGAGCUCCCGCCUGUGAAUUUCUCCGCGGCCGCGGAUUUGCGCCGUACGGGCGGUGAGGUCGUGGAAGGGAACUGGAUGAGGAGUGCCGACUCCGUCCCCGAUUGGGGGAAGGUGGUCUACGAGGCGAUUCUGGAUUCCAAUACGGUGGUGGUGUUGGCGAAAGGUCUGAAUCUGAAGCCGCAUAGGGAUGUCAAUCCGGCAGAAUUCAGGUGCCAUUUUUCUUUGAGUCAUUUUAACAAACAGGAUAGCUUCAUCUUCACUACCGAAGCCACCGCCGCAGCUCAAGAGGUCGUCCGCUGCUUGCUGCCCAGAAGCAUCCGAAACAACAACACCGAGUUAGCUGAAGGAAUCCGCGUCACCGUCAGCCGCGUAGCCACAGCCUCCCCUGCUCUGCCAUCGGUGGCCAAAGUAUACAACCCGAAAUCCCACGGGAUGAGAGAGGAGGGGGAAGCGAAGUACGAGCUCUGCGCUUGCACGAUGCUGUGGAACCAGGCGGCGGUGCUCAAGGAAUGGGUAAUGUACCACUCGUGGCUGGGGGUGGAGCGGUGGUUCAUCUACGACAAUAACAGCGACGAUGGGCUACAAGACGUCGCCGACGAGCUCAACUCCCUGAACCACAACGUCACCAGGCACGUCUGGCCGUGGGUGAAAGCGCAGGAGGCAGGGUUCUCGCACUGUGCACUGAGAGCCAAGUACGAGUGCAACUGGGUCGGGUUCUUCGACGUCGACGAGUUCUUCUACUUACCACGGCAGCACCGCGGCAGCCAGACCCAGUUGCCAGGACAGAACUCGCUCCGCGCCCUGGUCUCGAACUACACCGACUCGCCCACGAUCGCCGAGGUGAGGACAAUGUGCCACAGCUUCGGACCGUCGGGGCUCACAGCACCCCCAAAGCAAGGGGUGACGGUUGGGUACACUUGUAGGGUUCAGGCGCCGGAGAGGCACAAGUCAUUCGUUCGGCCAGACCUUCUGGACGUGACGCUGCUGAACAUCGUGCAUCACUUCAAGCUGAGGGAAGGGUACAGGACGACGAAUGUGGCAGAGAGCACAGCCGUGAUCAACCACUACAAGUACCAGGUGUGGGACACUUUCAAGGCCAAGUUUUUCAGGAGAGUGUCGACUUACGUGACGAACUGGCAAGACGAUCAGAACAAAGGAUCCAAGGAUAGAGCGCCUGGGCUAGGGACGGAGGCCGUCGAGCCGCCGGACUGGCGGCUGAGGUUCUGCGAGGUUUGGGACACUGGUCUCAAGGACUUUGUGUUGGACACUUUCGCUGAUGUAGCCACUGGGUUACUACCCUGGGAGAGGAGCUCUUCUUCUGCUUCUUCUGCUGCUCGCUGA